AAAGAUCCGUCACUGACCUCUGCAGUCAAGCAGUUGGUCUCUGUAGUCAAACACAACUUGUACAAAGUCAAGGACAAAAUGUCGGUCUGUCAUUUCGUGUCAAACAAUUGUCUGACUGUUUUGAGUCGUUUGGGACGUCGAUGUAUCUUAAAUGGUACUGUUGCCAGCCGAACAAGUCAACAUAAGCCUCUCCUUUCACAAGCCUAUGCGACAUCUGCUGCAAAAGAAAGAUCCCAGUAUGGUGGCAGGUACACUGUGACAUUGUUCAGUGGAGAUGGCAUCGGACCGGAAUUGUUGGAUCAUGUCAAAACUGUCUUCAGGUUUGCUGGAGCACCAAUUGACUUUGAAGAAAUCACCAUUAAUGCCCGGACUUCUGAGCAGACAGACAUGGAAAAUGCUCUUCUCUCAGUGAAAAGAAAUGGCGUUGCAAUCAAAGGAAAUAUUGAAACAGCAAUGGCAGACCCCAGUAAAAGGUCCAUCAAUGUCUCCCUCAGGACAGAACUUGAUCUUUGGGCCAGCAUUGUCCAGUGUAAAACGAUUCCUGGGAUUUCUGUGAGACACCAAGGCAUUGAUGUUGUGAUCAUUCGGGAAAAUACAGAAGGAGAAUAUUCCAACCUGGAACAUGAGAAUGUGAAUGGAGUUGUUGAAAGUUUGAAGAUCAUCACCAGGAAACGAUGCAUGAAUAUUGCAAAAUACGCAUUCGAUUAUGCAGUGAAGCAUGGACGCAAGAAGGUCACGGCUAUUCACAAGGCAAACAUAAUGAAACUUGGUGAUGGACUGUUUCUAGAAUGUUGCAAAAAUGUUGCAGAAGAAUAUCCACAAAUCGAAUUCAAUAAUAUGAUUGUUGAUAAUGCUUGCAUGCAGAUGGUCUCCCAUCCUCAACAAUUUGAUGUUUUAGUGUUGCCAAAUCUUUAUGGCAAUAUUCUAAGCAACGUUGCCACUGGAAUGGUCGGAGGUGCUGGUGUUGUACCUGGCCGGAAUAUAGGAGAUUCUUAUGCCAUUUUUGAAACUGGUACACGAAACUCGGGUCGCUCCAUCCAAGGAAAGAACAUUGCCAACCCAACGGGUAUGUUAUUAGCCAGCUGUGACAUGCUAGAUUACCUCGGCUGCUACAGAUACGCCACGAUGAUUCGAGAGUCAGUCAUGAAUGUAUUGAUUUCUAAGAAGAUCCACACACCAGACGUUGGCGGAACCUCCUCCACCAGCGAAGUGAUUGAGGCCAUCCUUGAUGAUCUCCGACCAAAAGCCAGCAGUUGGUUAUUCUAAUCCCGAUUUGAACCAGCAAAUCCAGGAUAAACCUCCAAAAACCAUUAUUUAUCUCAGUUAUCCAAGAUAUUUACUGUUGCUGUUGUUGUUGUUGUUCCUUUGAAUCUCAACUCAAGUCGGUUAAUUAACUGACAGAGAUAAUGUAUCAUAAAUAAUCCUUAAUCUUUAAUCUCUUUAAAACCACGUCACAGAACAAGUAUUAUUUCCUUAAUCCGUGUAGUAAAGAUAUCCUGUAAGGUUUGUUAGUAAAUAGUUAUUGCUUGAAAGUGUAAGCGUGGCUGAGUGGUUUAGGAUGCUUGCUUUCCAACCAUGUGGCUACAGGUUCAGUCCCACUAUGCACCCCGGACCAACCAGAGCCUUGUGAAUGGAUUUGGUAGAUGGAAACUGAAAGAAGCCCAUCAUGUGUGUGUGUGUGUGUUUGUGUACCCAUGUCUUGACAUUAGAUGAUAUUUGUAACUGAGCAUCAUCAUCAUCAUCAUCGUAAAAGCAAUGCUGUUCAUUUCAAAUCCUCCACAAAAAUCACAUUAGGCCAUGGGGGUGGGGGGGGAGAUAUCACCUUGCCGGGGAACAGGUGAGGGUUGUUGACAGGAAGGGCAUCCAGCCAUGGAAAAUCUUCCUCGACAGAUUCUUCCACCUGACCCAAGCAAGCAUGGAAAGCGGGGGAUAUUAAAAUGAUAAUGAUUUAAUCAGAGGUAUGUCGUUAGUGAAAUACUCUCGAUGGUGGAAUGGUUUCAUUUAUUAGCUGAUAACGAGGAGGCUGGGUUACCGUUCUGACUACCUCCCACCCACUUCCAGAACCAAUAUUUUGCUGUUUUAAUGAAACUUUUCCUUCUUGUUGUUUUAGUUCACAUCACUUUACGUUCUGAGUUCAAGUGUCGCCAAUGUCAGUGUUGUGUUUUGUCCUCCCGGGGCACAGCGUGGGGGGGAGGAAGGAGGGAUUGAGGGAAUAUGAUAUUUGUUGUUAAGUACAGGGGGUCGAUGUAGUCUGCUGUUUCCCCACCUACCUCCAGAUUCCUAAUCUCUGGGUCUGUCUUAGAAGCCAUCCUUAAUACUCU